AUGGGGAUCUCAGGCCUCCUACCAUUAUUGAAAUCUAUUCAAGUCAGCAAGCAUCUAUCCGAGUUCUCCGGACGAACUCUAGCAGUCGACGCAUAUGUUUGGCUGCAUCGUGGGGUAUACUCUUGCGCAACAGAGCUGGCAACAGGCAAACGAACUCACAAGUAUGUUGACUAUGCGAUGCACCGCGUACGCCUUUUGCGACACCAUGGAAUCGAACCUUACAUUGUCUUCGACGGCGGUCCUUUACCUGCGAAGAGAGGAACGGAAAGUGAGAGGAAACAGCGGCGUGAGGAGAACUUGGCUCGGGGACACGCGCUCGCCGCCCAAGGUAAACAUUCUCAAGCGCGGGACUACUACGUCAAGUGCGUGGAUGUAACACCUCAGAUGGCGUAUCAACUCAUAAAGGCCCUCAAGGCAGAGUCUGUAUCCUACGUUGUGGCACCCUACGAAGCCGACGCCCAGCUCGCAUAUCUGGAACGCAUUGGUCUGGUUGAUGGCAUUAUCACGGAAGACUCGGACUUGCUCGUGUUUGGAUGCCGCAAUGUAUUGUUCAAACUAGACGACGUCGCGAGUGUCAUCACCUCCAUUUCCCGAGCCGACUUUUCCUCAGUAUCUGACCCCGCUGGCGGAGUUUCCUUCAUUGGCUGGUCCGACGCGCAAUUCCGGUCAAUGGCGAUAUUGAGCGGGUGCGAUUACCUACCGAGUAUACCAGGCGUUGGGCUGAAGACUGCGUGGUCGAUGUUGAAGAAACACAAGACAGCUGAGAAGGUGGUUCAAGUUCUGAGGUUAGAAGGGAAGAAGACGGUACCGACUGGAUAUAUGAAGCGCUUCCGGCUCGCUGAGAAGUGCUUCCUGCAUCAGAGAGUCUAUGACCCACUCCAGGGCAAAUUGGUGCAUUUGACGGACGUGGGGGACGAUUGGGACGAUGAGGCAGAUGAAUAUGUUGGGGAGUGCGUAAUCAUCACGGUUUUGGUCAACUAA